GACAGUUAGUAUACCAUAAACGUCGUGUAAUAAUACACAAAUAGCAUCAGGCACUCAGUAAAUGAAAUUGGAUUUAAUAUUGUACUGAAGACAGAUACACUCCAAGAUAAACUCCAAGUUAGCAAGUGGCAUCUUGUGAACGUCACUCCUGACCACGCGGUGUUUUAACCAUGAAGAGAGACAAUCAUUUCACUCCAAUACCCUACGAUUACCUUGGCCCGUUGAUUAUGCUCAUCUUUUCGGUAUCUUUUCUUGCCUUUUGUUACAUGUGUUUGAAAAUUUGUAAUUACUACAUUAAACAUUCUGAAGAAAAUUGGGCCAAGCAAAGGAGUUUUUCUUACGGGGAAGUGGAAAAUCAUCGUUUUCAAUUUUGUCCAUCAGUGUUUGGUUGCUGUCAAGGCGAAGAAAGUGGAUCCCUUCUAUCGCAGCAACAACGCUUCUACGCCUCCACUGUAUCCUUGGGAAGAAGCGCAAGUCCUGAGAGUCAAGAAUCCCAACUCACUUUUGUUGCAAGGACUCGAGAUCGAAUUCGCUUUCUGAGUUUCAGCGAAGAAACCCGAAAAGGAAGCAGCAGAAAGACGAGACUCUCCUCACUUCCUGCAAUCAGUCUGCCACCGCAGCGUCCUUCCCUUAGCUCAUCUCAACCACCUGAGGUGAUAGAAGAACUAGACGAAUAGCGAGUCUGCUCGUUUAAAAAAAAACAGAUUUUUCACGCUUCGUAUUUUAUAAUAAACACAACAACUUCAUAAAAAGCCGGAUUUUUUGUUAAAGUGGUAAAUAUUACGUUUUCGUGACCUAAUCUCUGUGAAAUAUUGCACUUAUCAGUGACGAUCAGAGUACCGCGGUAAGUACGUGGGCAGCGCAGGGUAAACGCAGCAACUAUUAACUUACGACAACAACUGGGCUAAUUGUUAUACGACAACAACUGGGCUAAUUGUUAAGGAAUAUAAGGAUCAUAUAAUUCCAUUCACACAUAUAACCAAAUAUUUAGAUCGUGUUUUAAACAAUUAACAGGGUCAUUAGGAUAUGGUUUUACAAUUCUCGUAUGUUCUUUAUUGUUUACUACCAAAAAGAACGAGAAAAUAAAAUAAAAAAUAUGUCCCGUUUUCCCCCACCCCAGUAUACUGAUAGUCACCUCAGACCUGAUUGACAAUUAUACCUAAAACUAGAUAUAAUUGAGCCUACAUUGAAGUUAACCGAUGCGUUCCUUGAACAGUUUAAUGUACACAAUACUUAAAAUAUACUAUAAGACUACAACGAUAACAUAUAUAGUUGAUACCUAACAUCAAUUGCUACUGGAAAAUAUACAUUGCGAAAUUGCAAAUAAGGAAAUCCAGAAAAAGUCAAAUAGUCGCUUGCCGUACAGCGAGGAAAGAAAAGCAAAACCUAAAAAAAACUUUGCGGCAAUUGAAUAGAACCGUUGAAAUAACUUUUUGGCGCUUAGAUAUAAAUUGAAUAGCACACAUGUAUUUUAACUAGAUAACAGGCAGGCCGCGCAGACCGCCUGAUAAAAAUCCAAAGGUAAAAUAUCUAGCACACGACGAGAAUCAAACAGCGAAGCAGUUGCUCAUUGCGCGGUGGGUUAUGAAGCGAAAAUUGGUUGCAAUAAGUUAAGUCUGCUCAACGAGGGGCACGCGGACCCGUAGCGUGACGCCACAAGUUAUUUUUCGUGCGUUCUGAUGAUUGAGAAAAUUCGAAAAAGUUCACAAAAAG